UGCCUCACAACGAGUUGGGGAGUUGUUCCAGACGGAGCUGAGAUUUACGAAAACUUCACAUUUUCCAGAAUUAAUUCGUGUCGAGAAUUUACAGCAGUUUCAUUUUAUUAUCCUCCUCCAGAAAAUUUUUCAUUUUCAUCUCUCUUCUGAGUUUAAAGUCAAAGUUUACAUUUUUUUUCCUCCACUCUUUUUUUUCUCUCGUUUCUUUUGGUCGUCAAGAUGAAGAAUCUGUGGGUUUUGUUCCUCGUCGGGCUGUCGACUGGGUUAAUCAGCGAAAAGCUUGUUGUCUUGUCCCAGGCGACUAAUUUCCAACAAGAUGAUCUUUAUAUAGAGGAACCAGGAUCAGGUGAUCUCCCUGUGGAUGAUGAAGAUGGAGAUGAUUAUGGAUCUGGAUCUGGAUCAGGCUCUGGAGACUAUGGCCUCAAUAUUCUCUCAGAUGAAGAUGACAUAAUCAACAUACUGAACUUCACCAAGACCAGCAUUUACAAAGAGGUGCUGCCACUUCCAGUGCAGCCAACAGUAGGCUUCUCUCCCAACCCACCAACCACAGCAUCAGAUCCGAAGGAUCCAGAACCUACGGCGGAAGACACCCACACUUCCUUAUCUGAUGACAGAGACGAGUCUGUUGAGAUCCCAGGCGGACCAACCGUCUAUGAAUCCCUCAGUACCAGUGCUACACCUGUCAUUUCAACUACUGAUUUCAUUCUUACUGAGAUGGAAGAUUUAAUUGAGGAAAAAAGUAUCGACACUGUUGAAAGCGAAGCUUUUCCCAAUAAUGGAAGAGACAGCCGACGACACGGUCUCAACUCUCCACAAGAAGUCACCUCUGAGAACCUGUGGGAGAGGACAGAGGUUCUAGCAGCUGUGAUAGCCUGUGGAGUGGUUGGAUUCCUCUGUGCCGUUUCCCUCCUCCUCCUCCUCGCCUACCGCAUGAAGAAGAAGGAUGAAGGAAGUUACGUUUUGGGAGACACCAAAAUGUCAGCGACAGCUUACCACAAAGCGCCUACCAAGGAGUUCUACGCCUGAACUGACCAACAGGAACUAUCUAAUCUGGAGUGUGGCUCCUGCCAAUCAGGACUAAAUAUGGAUCUUUAAACAGCUGAAGAAGAUUCCUUCAGAUGAAGUUCAAAGUGUCUGCUCUCUUGCAGUACUGCAGAUAUAUAUAUAUUUUUAUGCAUCCUCAUCUUUCCCAUCUGUUUAAUUGCCAUCUUUAUUCUGCUUUCGCUACUUAAUGCUCAGCUUUCUGUGCAUAAAAGGGUCAUAAGGAGACAAAUGCGUUCCUCCUAAAAUGCAUUUGUUUCUCUCCUGGGAAGGAUCAUGGCAUAAAUAUUCAUCCAGCAAAGUUCUUUCAAAGGAAUCUUUCCUUUUACUAUCCAGCUGGACUAUUCUAAUUUUGCCCACUACUCAAAUCCAACACUGUGCCUCCAGACCAACACAGCUGAACAACACUGUAUGACAUUGUCCCUUUUCUAAAGGAGCUCAACAAGAGGAGGAUGAAAGAAACCUGAGAAAACACGAUUUCAGUUGUUUUACUUUCACUUCAAACGGUACUACAUACAUUAGUAUUACAAAGGUCUCAUUGAGUUCAUAUUUGCUUUGUUACUUAACAUCUAUGUAUUAUAUUUCAUUUUUUUUGUGUGUAUUCUUCUGUUAAAAUUCUUAUUUUUGUUAUGAGAACAAACCUUUUCAUAAGCUGCCCAGUAUUGCCACAAGAGAUUUUCUUACUCUGCAGGUUUAAGUGCGAUGUUCUUUACUGUUAUUCUUUUUCUUUCUCCCUGCAGAUAUUUGACACUUGUAAAAACUGACCAAAUAUAAACACCCUUUAACUUUCUGCUAACUAUGCUUAUUAAUGUCUUCAGGUAAUAUUUCUGUAAGCCAAGAGAUUUCCAUUCCAUAAAGGUCUCUCAGGUAUAGCAUGCUUUGAGCAUUUCCUAUAUUUUCAGGAUUAUCCCACUUGGUGACUGAGUUCUGCAGGCAUGUGGGACAGGUAGAGCCAAAGCUAAUGACUAUAAUUCAGAACCCACAGAAGUGACCAAAGUGUGUGGUGACAGCCAAAGUACAUUCCUUCCUGACUGUCCUGUGCAGGCAGCUGUGAAAGAGAGUUUGGAGUUAAAAUAAAAACUUCUCUUGUUACUUAUCUUUCUACUGUCAGCCAUUAAGGCCUGUUUCCCCAUCUUUAAUACUCUUUUUGGCUAAUAUGCAUGUACAUAGGUUCUAAUAGCUAAUUACCUGAUUUUUAAAGUUUACCUCAAAUGGCCAAAGAAGCAUAGCUUCAGUAAUAAUAUAAUAUAAUACAGGUAACAGCAAUGACAAAAGGGUGGUAUUCUUUUUUUUUUUCUUAACAUAGAUAUAGACACACACCCAGCUGAUGCAAUACUUUAAAUAUGUAUGGAUUUUAUUUACUUACAUACUAUAAUACGUUGAAGAUUUCACAGAUGCUUUUUGGAACAUUGAUGCCUUUUUCAGGAGGACUAAGAUCAGUGAUUGUUGCAGGAUGGAGCAACUAGAGUCACGCAUCGUCCUCAAGGUGUCACCAAAAUUGUGGAUUUAAGGCUUUAUAUGGAUCUAGUAAAAGAAAAAAAUAUAUAUAUAACAGUUACUGAAUUUCUGUGUUGGUAAUGUCUUGUUACAGUUUUUUUUUGUUAAGUUUUAAGUCGAAGGUUGUUUUUAUCUUCAGAUUUGUGGGGGAGAUUUAUUUAGUUUUUUUUUUUUUUUUUUGCAGUUUGUGUUCAUAGAAAUGACACUAUGAAGCGAUCUAAAUGCAAACAAAAAACUACCUAUUCACUGUGGCUGGGAUAAACGGGAGGAUGUGGUCACCGUGGUGUCUAGCGAACAUUUGAACCGUCAGUGCCUCUUGCAGUGCUUUCAUUUGCUUUCAUCUGCUGUGCUGUUACAGUAUUAUUGUCAGGCUUUGAACUUUGAGCUGCACUCCGUCAAAAUUUGAGGGCAGCUCAAAGUUAGAUGUCACUGUGACUGGACUGUAGAAAACAUGGUCCAUUGAAAAAAGAUUAGCAUUUGUUACAAGCUUGUUGGUUAAGAGACACAGUUAUGUAUGUUUCAACUUAAACAGCAAGUAAAUAAUUCUUUGAAUUAUACAUAAUUUAUAUUAUAAUAUUCUCUUUUAAAAUUACCACAUUUAGCUGGUUAUAAUCUAGUUGACAGAUGUUUCAGUCUUGAUUUGCAGCAUAGAAAGCAUUUAUCUAAAAUUUUAGAGAAUUAAUGAGUAGACCACGAAAAUACAGCAUGUUAAGAAUAAAAAGUGUCCUUUUUGUUGUUAAAGAUAAAUGUGGUCAAAAGAACAACUGUGAGGACCAAUCAAGCGUCGAGUGGUGGGAAAGGCAGAUGAAUUGUGGAGGAGCUGUGUUCUGAUAAAAUUUACUGCUUAAUAAAAAUGUGACUUUAAUAAAAAGUUGAA